GAUGGAGAAAAGCAGGUCACGACUAGUACUGACGGAACUCACAUCAAUCUCAAAGAUGACCAGUUUAGAAGGGGUUGGGGUUGCGACCCCGAUGGUUCACCACCACACACCAGAGAUCAGGAGAAUUUGAGCGGGCGUGACGCAGGAGGAGUCCCAUUCUUUGGCGCAGAACCAAGCGAGGGUUCUGCGUCACCAGGCAAAGCAAGCGGGCGAUCGCC